GUCUGCAGUAGAGCAAGCAGGAAACGGAGAUCUACAUUACACAGUACUGAGUGAUUGGCCUCAUGGCAUCAAAAAGCCACCCAAAAGCCCAGCAUGCCCUGCCUGCACGAACAGCAUUAUUCCAACAGAAGGAUGGUAAAACAUAUAGGAUUCCUGCUCUAAUCUACAUCAGUGAUGCUCAGACUUUCCUUGCCUUUGCUGAAGAGCGCAGCACUCCACGUGACAGUGAUGCAAAAGUGUUGGUCAUGAGAAGAGGAUUACUGCUAAAUGGAUCCCUUCAGUGGUCUCCUGCUCAAACACUCUCUUCUGCUCGUUUGCCGGAUCAUCGCACCAUGAAUCCAUGUCCAGUCUAUGAGAGGAAAUCCAAAACCAUCUAUCUGUUCUUUGUCUGCAUAUUGGGCAAUACCACAGAGUUUUACCAGAUUGCUACGGGUAGAAACCAAGUACGGCUGUGUUACGUCACUAGUACAGACUAUGGCCAAAACUGGAGCAAGUUAACAGAUUUAACAAAUAUUGUUGGAGUUGAGAUUUGCAACUGGGCUACUUUUGCAGUUGGACCAGGACAUGGUAUUCAGAUGAAAAGGGGAAGACUAAUCAUUCCAGCUUAUGUUUAUUACAUACAUUGUAGGUGUUUUCCUUUUCAUUUUCCACUCAUAGUCAGGCCUCAUGCUUUAGCGUUCUUUAGUGAUGACUGUGGUGUCACCUGGCAGAUGGGAGAAAAAAUCCCAAUGAAAUCCUGCGAAUGUGAGAUGGCUGAGAUCAUAGACCACUCUGAUGGGAGUCAUUUGUACUGCAAUGCCCGUAGUACAUGUGGCCACAGAGUGGAGGCUUUAAGUGAGAGCAGGGGGUCAGCUUUUGACAACCCUCAUGUUGCUCAGAAACUCGUGGAGCCCCAUCAUGGCUGCCAGGGUAGUGUGUUGAGCUUCCCUGUGCCUGAGCCAUCGGAAGAAGUGGAGAAGAGCCCAAAUGAUUGCUUGACACAGUCAGACACAAAAACAUGGUUACUCUAUUCCCAUCCAACAAAUAAAAAGAAAAGGAAGGAUCUUGGAGUUUACUUGAACAAAUCACCCUUGAAAACGUCUGGUUGGUGCCAACCAUGGAUCAUCCAUAAGGGUCCCAGUGGAUAUUCAGAUUUGACACAGUUUGAGGAGCGAUUUGCCUGCCUCAUGGAGUGUGGAGAGAAAAGUGAGAUUGAGGAAAUAGCCUUUGUGGAAUUUAAACUCAGCAAUAUAUUGUGCACUUGAAAUGAUGAAAGUACUUCCUGUGGCAAGUUUUAAAUAAAUAACUCUCCCCAAAAUGAAAAUUUGCCUAAAAUUAGUACAUCCUCAAGCCAUCCAAGAUAUAAAUUAGUUUGUUACGUCAUCUGAACAAAUUUGGAGAAAUUUUGCUUAAUAUCAACUUGUUCACAAAUGGAUCCUUCAGUAAAUGGGUGCCGUCAGAAUUAGAGUUCCGACAGCUGAUUAAACACAAUCAUUCAAAAGUAAUCCAUAACACUCCAGUCCAUCAAUUAUUAUUUUGUGACAUGAAAAGCUGUUUGUCAUAAACAAAUCCUUCAUUAAGAUGUUUUAACUUUUAAACCAUCGAAUCAGUCCUCUUUACUGAAUCAGAAGAUAAAUUUACUUGCAAUGGUCAUGAGAAUAAUUCUAAAUGAUUGUUUAAUAAAUUAAUAUUUCAUCAGCUGUUUGGACUCUAAUUCUGAUGGCACCCAUUCACUGAAGAUGAUCCAUACGUGAAAAAUGUAGAUAAUGCUAAAUUUCUCUGAAUCCGUUGCAAUGAAGAAACAAGCUCAUCUACAUCUUGAGAGCGAGGGUGAGUACAUUCUGGAUGCAAAA